UAAUCCAGUAAUUAAGCCUUCUUUUUCUGGGGCGAACCAAGACAGCUCAGGGAGUGAUGACAUUUGUCAAAUGCAUCUCAUUCUUCGCUGCAGUAUGGGAGAUCAGUGUGAGAAGGUCCACAGCAGCGUGCCCUACCAGUGGCAGAGAGGGGUGGGCAAACAAUGGAGCGCUUUCCCAAACAAUGAAGAGAUAGAGAGAGACUACUGCAACCCUGCCAAGACCAAGCAUGACAGCAGCCCACCGGUGGACUUUGACCUGAUGCGUUGUGGGUCAUCUGAGGUCCGCCGCCUGUCCGUCACAUCACCAGAGUUUCACACCGUCUCGCUGCUGGUCAAGUGGGCCUGGUACUGGGAGUUCUCAGAGGACCAUUGGAUGGCGUACGCUUCACCUGAGGGCAAAGCGGACAAUUUGAUUAUAACAAAUGAGAAGCUGGAACAACAAUAUCAAGAAAGAGAACCGUUCUUUCAGUUUGCCCGUGGGGAGAACAGGUACAUCCUCAGUUUUGAGGAUAUGAUUCAAACCAAUCAGACCACGGAAAUGAAAAGGCUAGUUAGACGACGACCGGUGUUGAUUUCACCAGCAGAAGUAGAAAAAAUCUGUGAAAAAUACGCCAAAAGAAUACAGUCAAACUUCCUCAGUUCAAUCCCACAACACUGGAAUCACUCCCUGCUGCCUGGGACAGGAUAUGAGAGAAUCAAGUUGGAGACUUCAUCCCAAGAUUGCGGGCACAUCGUCAGUCAGUUCAAGCAAACCAUGAGGGGCUGUGACAUCCUAAGUAUUGAGAGAAUACAAAACCUGAAGCUCUGGAGGUUUUUCAUGUUACAAAAGAAUCAAAUGAAAAAUGAGUCUGGGAAGAAUGUGCGCGUGGCGCAACUAUUUCAUGGCGCUGAAUCAGAGUACAUCGAUGCCAUCUGCCAUGGAAAUACUGACCGGAGUUUUAACACCUUUAAAGACAAUCGCUUUGGGAUAGGAUGCUACUUUUCAAAAGAUGCCUCAUAUGCCAAUCAGUACACAAACAAACAUGGAGUGAGAUUUCUGUUUGUGUGCCAAGUGGUGGUGGGAGACUAUGCCUUGGGACAACCAGAUUAUUACAGGCCUCCCUUCAAGGACGAAAAGAAAACAGUGUCCUUCGACAGCUGUGUGGAUGAUCUUGCACGGCCAAGUGUUUAUGUUAUCUUUGAGAGGAACCAGACUUAUCCUGAAUUCCUAAUUAAGUACAGAGCUGAGGAUCAACAGACUGGUCAAGUGCAACCACCUGUUCUGGCAGAUUCAUUGUAUGAGCCUGUCGAUAUCGAACCCAUCAACGUCAAACCCAUCAAUGUCCAACCUCGGCCAACUCCGCCUCCUUCCCCUUGUCACAGAAGAUGUUGUGACUGUGACUAUGACUGUGAUCUCUUGACUUGUCUCUCUUGUUGUCUCUUGAAACCGUGA